UAUUAAAUAGCUAGCUACUUCAAUGUUUAUCUACAAAAGGGCGACAUUUUACACGUUGCACGGUGCCCUCGGUGUGAUCUGUAAAGUUGUAGUUAUAUAGGUUACUUAAAUUCUUGGGUGCUAGCCUCCGCUACAUACCUCUAGCCAAUAAUGUGUCAAUUUUAGGUGUGAUGCUGCUUUGGCUUACAUGAUCUCCACAUCUUUUCCUGAGCGUGUCAAGCCAGACAGUAAACCCCACAGUACCAUGGCUGAGGUGUGGGGACAAAGGAGCUUGUUGAGCUUUGGUGUGGUGUUGGCAUGGCUGCUGCUGUUCCACCUGCUGGUCAACAUCUGGCUGCUGUGCGUGUUCACCAGUCUCCUGGUAGUGCUGGGUGGCUGGCUCGGCUCGCAGGCUGUCCUGGAGUCCAAUAGCGUGGUUCACCUGGAAAGGUUUAUCACCCUGCGUCAGGUUCCACCAUCUGUGGAGGAUGAGCAUCACUUAGACCAGGAGAUCUACAACACAGUGAAGAAAAUCAUCAGGGACUUUGUCACCUCGUGGUACUCCACUGUGUCCUCAGAGAGUGGUUUUGAAACAGAGGUUCAAGAUGCCAUGAUCUCUAUGGGCAUGGAGCUGAAAAUACGUGCAAGACAGCUCAACAGGAAGGAGCUGACCCAGAGGAUCCUGAAUCUGUUUGGCUGCCACCUGCAGGACUACAUCAGAGCCAAAGAGCUGGUGACCGAGCAGCAAGCGCCUCCGACCGCAAAGUGGAGCAGUGAGAGCGAGCAGUUGUGGAAAGUGUAUUCCAGGGUUAGCACGCCUCAUCCGGCCAUGACCAGCGACACAGUAGAAGUCAGCUACACCAGAGCAGUUGUAGAUUUGUUGCUGCAUGUUUUGGUGCCAUCACCGCACCUGGAGAGCCGCACCGGACGAUUCGUUGUCGGAGAGCUCAUCACCUGCAACGUAAUGCUCCCUCUUAUUGCUAAACUGUCGGACCCUGACUGGUUAAACAUUCUCAUGAUCGAAAUAUUCGCCAAGUCCAGCAAACCAAAGGAGCCAGUUAUAGCAGAGCCACUGCCUUCAUCAGCACCUCUUACACCACCAUCACCACCACCACCACCACCACCUGAGGAAUCAGAGCUUGUUUCACUACAAGAGACAGCACAUGCACCUCGAAAGAAUAAUGAAGUCCCUCCACUAACAGCCAUGACCGAAAUGGUCCUUGACACAGAAACGGCCACGCCUGAGCUUGCCACGUAUGAUGUGAUUGACUCAGAGGAGGUGGACUGUCCACAAAACAACACCGAAGAAGAGGAACCUACUCGGUCCUUUUGGCGGCAUUUCAUGAGAGAAAGCAAGACAAACCCAUUUUACCAAGAAAGUGACUCCGACCUGGAUUCUCCCUUGGCGGACUAUAAACAAAGUUCCAUUGAUUCCCUGGUCAUGAUAGGCCAUGGCGAGGGCCUGUAUGACAAACGGAAGGAAUGUGCCACGUCUGUUGACGGCAGCAAUAAUGGUGUGGACCUGGAGGAUGUUUUCUCCAGUCCAGUGGAUGCCUCCUGCCCCAAAGUCUUGGUGAAUUCCGAACCUGCAGGGCCUAAUGACUGUGACCUCAAAUCUGUUAGGACAGCAGAGGGGACUCCAAGUAACAUCAGCAUCCAGGACCUAGAGAAGGAUAGCAGGUCCCCUUUAGUAAAUCAAGCCAGAGAACUCCUUCUGGGUGUAGACCAGACUGGGCUGGGAAACCCUAAUGAGCUGAUUGUAGGUAGUCCGUUGCAGGGGUCUUCCCCUAUACCGUCAUUCAGUUUUGAGCCCCUCAGCAGCCCUGAUGGACCAGUCAUCAUCCAGAACCUCCGCAUCAGUGGUACCAUCACAGCUAAGGAACACCGCGGCACCGGCUCACACCCCUACACUCUUUACACAAUCAAAUAUGAGACAGCUAUGGGCUGUGAGAACCCAGAAAGUAUUCAACCAGGAUCUGAGGAUGCUGAAGUUGUACCGUCAGGUUGUGAGAAUCCAUCACACAUUCAGCCGGUAGCCUAUCACAUGGUCAACAGACGAUACAGCGAGUUCCUCAACCUGCAAACACGACUGGAAGAAAAAACGGAACUACGGAAACUCAUUAAAGGUGUGAAAGGUCCAAAGAAAAUAUUUCCAGACAUGCCAUUUGGAAACAUGGACAGUGACAGGAUAGAGGCCAGGAGAGGACUUCUGGAGACCUUUCUAAAGCAACUCUGUUCCAUCCCUGAAAUAGCCAACAGUGAAGAGAUGCAGGAGUUUCUGGCGCUCAACACAGAUGCCAGGAUUGCCUUUGUCAAGAAACCCUUCAUUGUUUCACGAAUAGACAAGAUUGUUGUGAAUGCCAUCGUGGACACCCUGAAGACAGCCUUUCCUCGUUCAGAACCUCCAAGCCCAACAGAGGAGAAUGAAGCAGAGAUAGAUGGAGGGAAAAUAGGUGCUGACAAGAAGAGCAAGUCUCGUCUGAAGUUCUCCAGUAAAAACAUCCCCUUUAUAAACGGCUCAGACAUCAGACCAAAAGUUUUGUUCAGUCGGGAGCAAACUAACACAGUGUUCAACGGGAUGUCCUUGGGAGAUUUGCAAGCCUUUAUUACCAAACAAGAAAAACUGGCCAUCGGAGUCGAGUCAGACAGGGAGGACAGUCCAGUAAGAAGAGAAUUUGGAGGCAAUCUGGAUGACAGCUUGAGAGGAAAGCACAGUCAGGAACCUGCAUCUGAGAUGGCGCUGGCUGAGGUGGCUCUCAACAUCCUGUGCCUGCUGAUGAAGGAGCAGUGGAGCUGGCUGUGCACUGAAAACAUUCAGAGGACCAUCAGGCUACUGUUUGGGACCCUUAUUAACAGAUGGCUGGAUGUGAGCGUAGCCAACCUGACAUGCCCUGCAUACUGGGUGGUGUACCUGCAGGUCAUCCAGGAGUCUGUGUGGCCAGGAGGAGCUCUGCCUACGGCCCCUCAACUUGAACGCAGCCAGCAGCAGAAGGACAAUACCAGGCAACAAGCCUUACACUGUCUGAUGAGACUCCUGCCAGAUUUGAUCUCAGAUAUGUUGGGCUCAGAGAAGUACAAACUCAGCUGGCAGACUGCACUGGACUCCCUUCAAGACCCCAACAUUAACAGACAUCUGGUCUACUGCAUAUUUGAUCUUCUGCUGGAGUUCCUGGUUCCUGAAAUACCUGAGGAAGAUUUUCAGAGGAGCGUGUUGCGGACCCUCUCUAAGAACCCAGAAAAGCUGCUGGCAUGAGAAGAAACCCCACAGCAACCCUCGCAACCCCAAUUUUAUUUCCAUCAUCAUAACUGCUGAAUCAUGAUUGAUGGAUUGCCAUAAAUCAGUGCGACAGCGAGGCCGCUCCUGUUCUACUAAUGUUCUGCAAUGAGAGUGUAAGUGAAGUUUUCGUGUGAGAAUGAAUAUUCUCUGUCCCCACUUUAAAUUCCUGAGUUACCUCAAGCCGGUCUUUAAUUACCUGUUGAUUUGUUGAUAAAUGAGGCUCUUGAACACGGCAUCCUAUACACACACACACACACACACACACACACACACACACACACACACACACACACACACACACACACACACACACACACAGACACACACACACACACGUUAACACAAACUAUAUUUGAAGCAGCUUUGAUUACAUGAGAGAACCUGGUUUGUGUUUGAUCUGAGAACGUGUCUGACGUGCUGGUCAGAUCUAAACAUGUGGCGAAGCUUUCUCCGAUCUCCACAUCAGGCCUCUUCCUGCUUGCUAAACUCUCUGGCUUUGACUAAACUCACUUCAGAUGGUCUUCGCACUCUGCCUUCAUCCCCUCUCGCCGUUUCUGGGUAGGAACACCUGUUGUUCUAAUCUGGAGAAGCAGGAUUUGCCCUUUCCUUCAACUUAAAUCUCAAAAUGCCUUAUUGGGAUUUAGCAUCACUGUUUCUACUCUCUGUUGACCCAUUCUUUAACAUCCCACUGGCUUUGUAUCAAGCCACACAUGCGAUUCUGACAUAACGCAAGCUAUACUUCCUAAAUCUAAGCCUUCCCGAGGGAUCACAAGUAUCUGGCAGUGAUUUUUGACCUGCAAAUGUGUAGAAAAAAUACAUGCUGCAGUAUGGUAAAGAGUUGGCAAUAACAUUUUACUGGCUUCACAGAUGCGUCACAGUUCCUUUAACAGGUCCCUAUGAGAAUUAUCUGUGCAGUUAAUGUCUAAAUCAUAUAAGAACUGGGAUCCACAAAAAACGGUAUAUGAAGGAUUGAGCAAUGGUACUGGUCUAAGUCCCUUCAAUAGCGUAAACAGUGAACUGCUGGAGUCUGACUUGCUUUUAGUGGGAUCUGUCUAUGCCCUCCAGUCUCUGUAAAUGUCUGCCUCCACCCACCAUCAAUAUUGUGUAAUUUGUGGUGAUCACAGCAUUCUAGAAUUAAGUAAAAGAAAUCCUGUAGCAAUGUGUCUCAGGCAUAUUACUGCACAACAAUCAGCGUUUAUUUCCCUGUUGGAAAAAGACAAUAAACAGAAAUAUUUUGGAGUGAACUAAAAAUAUCCAAAGUAUGAAUCCAAAGUAUGUCACAACACAGAUGAUCCUCCAUAUCUCCAUCAGCCCUAACGUCUCAACACUGACAAUCUUAAAAUACUGCUUAGUUAAUCUUCAAUAGCAGAUGGCCACAAUGACGAUAUAAUCCAGAGUAAAUCAGAGUUCCAAAAUGUUACAGCAUGAUUUAAAUUUGGCGAAGUUAUGUGAAUUGUAACACUGAAGUAUAUCAGAGUCCUAAAACUAAAACACAAAAUGAUGCAGAUAUGCAGUAUUUUCUCGCUCUUUAAGAAGUAUCAAAUGUCAAAACAUGUCGCAAUCUGCAUUUUAAGUUAAAUUAUGUGGGAGUCUGGGAUCAAGUUUGAAAAAAGUUACAUUCCAUUUGAAGUAAAAAAGAAGUUCAUGUUCUGUCAUUCCAGUGUUUUGCACUUAUAUCCUGGUUAAGUGGUCUCAUCCUUAAUUAACGUCCCUUUUUCAAUGUGAACCCUUGUGAUUCAGCCUAUUUAUUAACUUAUUUAUUUGCCUGAUUAUUAAUUUAUGAUUUUUUUUCAAGAUGCCCAUGGUGACAAAGAGUAGCAUCCUCGCUUACUAAGUGCUUUUAAUUGGAUUUUGCCUUACAAGGUGACUUGAUGAAGUUUGGUCUGCCUGUAUAGCGUAGCCACUGACCCUGCCUUAGUAGAACAUUAGCACCCAGUUCCAGCUCUGUGUAGUUAAACUGAAUAGUUACUGUGUCAAAUUGGGCUGAAUGUUAAAGCUGUUACAGUUAUGUGUUGUGUAGAGAUUUACAUUGGCUUGUUGAUGAAGGAUUCAGAUGUAUGUUGCCAUGAAGUACUCAGUACAUGUUCUUAUGUACUGCUCAGUGGUUCGCCACCUUGACAGAAAAUGUUUGCUCGGUAUAUCUUUGUUACAUCAACAGAACAUUUUGCAUUAACUUUUAUGUUGUAAGAAGAUAUUUUACACGUUAUCAUGGUAUUUUUCUUUUCUUGUUAUGUCACAAAAAUGAAACAAAAUCAGUGUAUCGUUCAAACAAGAAAUGUGGUGUAUAUAUGGAGAAAUUUAACAAGUCUGUUUCCAUUGUACUUUUGUUAAAUUUUGUUUUUAUCAAUACACUAACUUUUCCACCUUGACUAAGCUUAAAAAACCCGUUUUAGAGAUAUUUUGACUUUUUUUGAGUUUCCACUCAGGUUUUUUACGUGCAAAAAAUGCAAAUAAAAACAGCUGGUUGGAAACGCCCCUUUUGUAACUUAGUUUGUAAAAGAUAUACUUUAUAUAUAGUGUAUAUCUAAUCUCGACUGUCUCAAAACAUUCUAAAUCCCUACAAAUGUCAAUGUGAUUUUGAAUGUUUUCUUUCUUCUGGAAAUUAAGCAUAGAUGCACAAAAUAAUGUGACAGCAGUUCACGCCUCUGAUACUUUAAACAUCCUGUUGACAUCAAUUAUGUGGUAUGGUUGAAAAUAUAACAAACUAACCUGUUAUCAUUAUGUUACAAUGAGAUACAUUUUUUUUUGUUUUGGUAAGGCAUGUUUUAUUUUGUGUAAUAAUUAAAUUUUGAUACAACAAAACAAAGGAUAUAAUGAUGCACGAGACGUACCUUGUAAAAACAAAUGCGUAUGCAGAACAGGAUGUUUUAAAGCAAGAAACAACAAGUAAAAAAAAAAAAAGAAAUCGUGAUUUUGUAAUGAUGGCAGACAUUUGCUUCUGUGCUUAUCUGCUUUAAUAGACGUAGAUGUUAUGGUUUUCAUGGGGGGGGAAAUGCACAGUGCUGUUUUUCUUUGGAACCUCAUAUUUAUUCCCAAUGUUAAUCAGAGCAGGCAGUGUUUUAUGGACGCUAACAAUAUAGGCUCUAAAGCUUUGUCUGUUUUAGAGAAGUUUGUGACAUACAGGUCCACUGCAGUCCUUUUAUCUAUCCCCUUUGCACUCUUUUUCACCCUUUUGUCUUUUAUUCUAUCAGAUCCUGUGUCUGGUGUCCAUCUAAACUGUCACUUGUAGACACGUGGAGUUGUGUUGUUCCAAGUGUUCACACUGUGAAUCUGUCACCAUUUACUUGCAUAGAUUGUGUCACAUUAUUGUAAACACGUGCAGGUUCUUUGUGAUUAUAUUUGCAAAAACAAUAAAGUUACAAAACGUGACUUAUUAAAUCGUCAA